GCGUGCUUUGCCAGGAUGGUGGUUCCACGAGCCACCACAGCAAACAGGAUUGCCAUAGCAACAGCUAGUGUUACAGCUCUAUUACACGCUGGCAACACACAAAGAACAGUGAGACGUUACUCGCAGAGUCUGAGGCUGGGGAAAGAGGAGAUUGCUAAACAGAGGAUGAUUCUGGUCCAGGCUGAUGGGGGUGACGAGGGCUGUGUGACGUUUGUGCUGCACGAUGAAGACCAUACGCUGGGCAACUCCCUACGAUAUAUGAUCAUGAAGACUGUGGAUGUGGAUUUUUGUGGCUACACCAUCACCCAUCCGUCUGAGAGCAAGAUCAACUUUCGCAUUCAGACACGAGGGGGGAUUCCAGCAACCGAGCCGCUGCGGAGAGGCCUGAAUGACCUCACUGAUGUCUGUCAACAUGUUCUCAACACCUUUCAAGCGAGAGUUAAUGAGUUCAAAGAGAGGCAGGAGCAGCCCAUGGAGUGAAGAACAUUGCAUAUGUGUGACUAUGAAGCUGUCAGACAGUUUCUACAGACCUAUGUCCCUUUUAUAUAUCUAUAAGGUAGUAUGAAAAGUUCUCCUCAAAAUAGUUUCAUCUUGUCAUAUUUAAACAUUUGUACAGUUUUCAUUUUUUGUAUUAUGUUGGGAUUGAUGCAUGAUGUGACAUUGUGUAUCAUUCCUGUGUUCAUCAGUCCUGGAGUUUUGGAAUGAUUAGUGUAAUAAAUGUAAGACAUUAGUCUUAGUCAACAAA